CCAGGCCCAAGACCGCUGUAACACAUCAAGACCAUGGCAGCCCUCUGCUUCCCACUGCUGCCCCUGGGGCUACUUCUACACCUUGGACUGCACUUGACUUCGGCCAGCUCUGCAAAUUACAGUGACAACUGCACAGCCUUCGACGAGGUUUCCAUUAUGACCAGCAGCCCAGGCAUCAGGGCCUAUCCGGAUGUCUAUGAAAGCAACACCCUCUACACAGUGUGGAUUCCUGUGAAUGAAAACGUCAGCUCUGUGGUGCUGCGGGCCCUGGACAGUAACUACAACUCCGUGGGCUCCUGGCAAAGCCCGGACGAGCGCUGCAACGACAGUGUCCUGUACUACGUGACGCCUGGAGACAACACGCCCUUCAGCGCUCAGUGGCGGGCUCCUGCUGCUGACAACGUAACUGAAGUCGAGCUGCAAGCCUUCAGUGUGGACUUCAACAACACGGCCUUGUUUUCAUCUCUGAAACUGGACAAAGUGAUGACUACAACCUUGACCUCCAAGAGUUCCACACCUGUGACCUCCAAGAGUUCCACAAUCUUGACCUCCAGGAGUUCCACAACUUUGCCCCCCAGGAUUUCUACUGCUUUGACCUCCAGAACUCCCAAGAACCCAUCCACAACCACAGCCACCACCACAACCCCAACCACAAGCUUGGCCCACAGAGCCUUCAGCAGCCCCAUCACAGGUGCCCUUCAUAUCCUGCUUAUCUUUCUCACCGGCAAACUUCUCUUCUAAAGACAACUAGGAAAACAGUCCUUCCCACCUCCACCACAUCCUCGUUGGUUCAGUUCCCAAUGGGUGCUUGGACACAUGUAAGGAUGAAGGCCUUAGGUGGCCAAUGAUACAACCCCACCAUUGCUCUGCACCAAAAUGGACACCUGGGGGCACCCAUUGGUGGGCAUGCGUCACACAGAUGCUCAACUGGAUCUUUCGGGGCCCUGAUUCGGCUUUUUGUAAACACGUAGACCUGGCUCGAGUGUAACCUAAGGUUCUGCCUCGCGGUUUAACAUGUUGACGGCCAAUUCCAUUGCCAAAUGAUUCCCCCACACCCCCUGAGUAUCUGUGGGUCUGUGGGAAGAAUCCUUCCCGGCUUUCAAGAUGACCUCAGAGUUCUGGCCAAACCCGCUCAGGUUACACAGAAUGUCUGUGACUCAGGUGGCUCCACCAGGAAAGGAAAAGAAGAAAUAGCUCUGUGGCUACUGGCGGCUUCCCAUUUUAUUUACAGAGCAGGUUCUGCACAGUAAGAGAACAGGAAUGUGCCUGUCUGUGCAGACACUGAUAGGAAACCUUAGGGUAUCAAUGCAGUAUUUUUGUCCUAAUUCACACCACAAAAAAUUAUACUUCAAACAAAAAUAAUGAACAUGUUAAAUUCCAAUAAAAGUCA